CUUGAAUUCGAGUCAUUCACUCGUCGUAUUCCGUCGCCAUCUUUCUUUUCACAACUUUAGUCGGCAAAGAGGUACGUUUCAAUUUACAAUAAUUCAUAAAAUACAACGUUAUCUUAGUAAAAAAUCAUUAUAUCGCUGCUUCGGCUUCUUUGUGCGUUUUAUAGAUAAUAGAAUUAAAAUGGGUACAGUUGAACGUGCCGGUGACGACCACACUUCCGAAGUGGAGUCCGGAGAGGAGGAGGAGAUUGUCGGAGGCGGAGAGUUGGCCCAGCACCUCAUGAAAAGCGGCGUGACCCGCACGGACAUGUUGGCGGCAAUCUCGAACAGCAUCCACGCGGAGGCCAUCGCCGCGCUGCCGCCCAACGUGCGGCGUCGCAUCCGGGCGCUGCGCUUGCUGCAGAGGGAGUUCGUCGACAUCGAGUCCAAGUUCUACAGCGAGGUGCACGCACUCGAGUGCAAGUACGAGAAACUGUACAAGCCGCUGUUUGAUAAGCGCGCUCAAAUCGUAAACGGCAUCUACGAGCCCACGGACGAGGAGUGCGUGAACCCGUGGCGUGAUGAGAACGAAGAGGACGAGCUGGCGCGCGCCGUGCAGAGCGCGGCCAUCACCGACGGCGCCGACGACAACAACAAGCCCGCCGACGACAACAACACUGCCGAGCCACCAAUGGACCCCAAUGUCAAGGGAAUCCCAGACUUCUGGUACAACAUAUUCAGGAAUGUGUCAAUGUUGUGUGAGAUGAUGCAAGAACAUGAUGAACCCAUCCUCAAGUGUUUGCAAGAUAUUAAAGUGCAAAUGCACGACGAACCUAUCGGAUUCACAUUGGAGUUCCACUUCGCGCCCAAUGAAUACUUCACAAACACUGUGCUCACCAAGGAGUAUUCAAUGAAGUGCAAGCCUGAUGAUGACAGCCCGCUAGACUUUGAGGGGCCCGAGAUUUACUCCUGCAAGGGUUGUGAAAUCAACUGGAAGAAGGGCAAGAACGUGACUGUGAAGACGAUAAAGAAGAAGCAGAAGCAUAAGUCGCGCGGGUCGGUGCGCACAGUCACCAAGUCGGUGCAGGCCGACUCGUUCUUCAACUUCUUUAAUCCGCCCACCAUGCCCGAGGACCCCAACUCCACUCUCGCCUCGGACAUCCAGGCACUGUUGACGGCUGACUUCGAAAUUGGUCACUACAUCCGCGAGCGCGUGGUGUCGCGCGCCGUGCUGCUCUACACCGGCGAGGGGCUCGACGACGAUGACGACGAUGAAUACGAGGAGGAGGAGGACGAGGAAUGCUCGACGGAAGAGAGCGACGAGGACGAGGAGCCUGCGCCGCGGAGACGGCCCAAGAAGGGCAGCAAGCCGCCGCACGACAACCCCGCCGAGUGCAAGCAACAGUAGCAAUUACCGACCCGCCACCGGUAAACCAUGGAUUUACUACACAUUUUGCGUUGGUGCUGAAUACGUUCGCCACAUUUUGAUGGGAAUACUAACUAUUUGCUUUCAAAACUUAUUGGAAAGUAACUACAAUCUUCCAUAGGCUUCCGUCGGCAUCCCUCGCUCACUCAAAAUGUGGUGAACGUUAUUUCCUGCAAUGAUAUAUGUCUAUCUCCUGUUUACAUUUUGUAAGUGCGCCCAUUUUAACAUUUUUCAAUUGGCGCAGAUUCACAUUGUAGGGAAUUCGGUAAAUAGUUUUAUCUGAUUUAAUGUUAAACAACGGUCUAUGUUAGCGAUUUUAAAUUGAAAAGCUACUGAUGUUGCUACUAGAAAAUAAAGAUUGUUGAAAAUCAACCGCGACAGUCCCCCGGCUAUGUACAUUCCUUGACUUUCGGAAUGUAUUUACAUAAUUUGUCCGCCUCGAACCAGCUAUUAUCAUUUAUGUUGUAAAACGUUGGUGUUGUGCUCGGUGCACUGAUAGUGAGACUUGUGAUGUAUUGUAACACUGCCUGUUUGUAAACAGCUGUUGGUUAAGGUCUGUAAGACAGUGAUUAUUGUUAAUGUUUUGCCCAGGGAAACGUUUAUUUGCGCGUAACAAUCAUACCGAUCCUUUACCCCUCCGCUAGUAUUCAUGUAUCCUUUAUGAAUUGGUGUUUGCCAGGGUUUUAUAUUUAUAAUGAAGUAUUCAUGAUAUGUUUAAUUUAAAAUAAACAUGGCACGUUUUGAACGUAUUAUCAUAACGCGCAAGUAAAUGGGUCUGUAUCCCACACUCUGUGGAUGGAGUCCGGCGUAAUUAUUAUUGUCGCAUGCGUUUCGUGGUGUUUAUAUAUUUGCCACUAUAAACGCUCAGAAUUAAGCUAGGCGUAUCAUUUUUUACGUCGAUAAGACCAUAAUAUAAAAACUAUUGAAUAUGGUAGUUUUUAUAAUACUUAACAUUGGUAUUUAGUGUUAAAGCAUCGCAUACACCAGCUAAUAGGGUAUUUGUACACUUAACAUUUUUAAAUAAAAGUACGCAAAUAA